GUGGCACAUAUCCGAGCAGAAAGAGAUAUUUUGGUUGAAGCGGAUGGAGCCUGGGUGGUGAAAAUGUUUUACAGCUUUCAGGAUAAAAGAAAUCUUUACCUGAUCAUGGAGUUCUUACCUGGAGGUGACAUGAUGACCUUACUAAUGAAGAAGGACACCUUAUCAGAAGAGGAGACACAGUUUUACAUUUCUGAAACUGUGCUGGCCAUAGAUGCUAUUCACCAGCUGGGAUUCAUCCACAGAGAUAUUAAACCAGAUAACCUUCUGCUGGAUGCUAAGGGUCAUGUAAAACUGUCUGAUUUUGGGCUAUGCACAGGUUUAAAGAAAGCUCAUAGAACAGAGUUCUACAGGAACCUUACACACAACCCGCCAAGUGACUUCUCAUUUCAGAAUAUGAACUCAAAGAGAAAAGCAGAAACAUGGAAGAAGAACAGGCGGCAGCUGGCAUAUUCUACUGUUGGAACCCCAGACUAUAUUGCACCAGAAGUAUUUAUGCAGACUGGGUACAACAAGCUGUGUGACUGGUGGUCUUUGGGAGUGAUUAUGUAUGAAAUGCUAAUAGGGUAUCCACCUUUCUGCUCAGAAACACCACAAGAGACUUACAGGAAAGUUAUGAACUGGAAAGAAACGUUGGUAUUUCCUCCAGAGGUGCCCAUUUCAGAGAAAGCAAAGGAUUUAAUUCUAAGGUUUUGUAUUGACUCAGAAAAUAGAAUUGGUAGUAAUGGAGUAGAGGAAAUAAAAAGUCAUCCAUUUUUUGAAGGAGUGGACUGGGGACAUAUCAGGGAAAGACCAGCUGCAAUCCCUAUAGAAAUCAAAAGUAUUGAUGAUACUUCCAACUUCGAUGAAUUUCCUGAAUCUGAUAUUUUACAGCCAGUGCCAAACACAACGGAACCUGACUACAAAUCCAAAGACUGGGUUUUCCUCAAUUAUACCUACAAGAGAUUUGAAGGGCUCACACAGCGUGGCUCGAUUCCUUCCUACAUGAAAGCUGGGAAGUUGUGA